GUUUUGUCGCGCGUUUCUACAGGUUACAAAGCCGCAUCGCUAAUUGGCACAUGUUGUGGUCCAAGGAUAUGCCAGGAUCAAGUGUUACCUACUGCGGCUGCAGCUGGCUGCUGGCAUUGCUACUCCUACUUGGCUCGAGCAGCUGCACUCACGGAUCCAUCCACGAUGAGCUGCCGCAGUGUGAACUCCAGGGCGUUUAUCGGGAACGCCAAAGCCUCAUCCAGUCACCCAAUUAUCCGAAUACAUAUCCAUUCAAUCGGUGUGUGGAUUAUGUGAUACGUUCGCCAUAUCGCUGCCCCACUACAUUCCACAUACAGUUCCUCGACUUUCAGCUGGAGUUGUCGGAUAAUUGUAGUCGUGAUUAUCUGGCCAUUGGCUUGCAGAACGACGAUCGCGACAUGGAUGUCCUUUGCGGCCAGGUGCUGGGUAUUAAGAAGUAUCAAACGCCGGAUGGCAUACUCCGCUUACGUUUCCUCAGCGAUGAUUCACCCUGGACAACGGGUGGCGGAUUCAAGUUGCUCAUCACGCGUUUGGCCUGUGAACGGGAGGAUUACGAAGCACGCGGUCUGGAUCUUGAUCAGGAUGACCAGGAUGAUACGGUGCUCGUGAAUGCCAAACAGCCGCCCAAGAAGCCCACCCCGGCCCACCAUCAUCAUCAUCAGCAGGGGAUGCAACAGUUGAAGCCACAACAAGAUCAGCAGCAAUCGACACUGAAUUUCAGUUUGCCGCAACAGCAAUCCAAUUUUCCUGGCUAUCCAGGCUAUCCUGGUAGUUGGUAUGCGCCCAGCCCUGCCGGUGGUUUAUAUUUGCCGCCGUGUACAAGCGAGCAACAGUUGCAGUUGCAGCAGCAGCAGCAGCAAUUACAGCAACAGCAACAAUUACAGCAACAGCAACAAUUACAGCAGCAGCAGCAAUUACAGCAGCAGCAACAGCAAUUACAGCUGCAACGAUUGCUGCUACUACAGCAACAGCAACAGCUACAGCCACAGCAACAGUUGCAGUUGCGGCAGCUGCAAUUCCAGUUACUACAGCAGCAGCAGCAGCAGCAGCAACUACAGCCACAGCAACAACAAUUACAACUACUUCAGCAGCAGCAACAACAGCAGCAGCAGCCAAAGCAAGAUCAGCAGCAGGAACAACAACAAUUACCCGACGUCUUAGAUCAAUAUCAGACAAGCUCCUUCCAGUCUCCCGCCGUCAAUCUGCGCGAUUACGAUCCACAGUUUGGUGGUCAGGUGGAUUUGUGCUGUCUGAGUAGCUUUAAUCAGGAACAUUUCUAUCUCUCAAGUCCGGGUUUCCCACGCACCGUGCUGAAUGCGUUGCUGCCGAAUCAGCAGCGGGAUUGCAUCUUCUAUCUGGAGAAGAGUUCGCAAAGUGUUGCCGGUUUGCGCAUACGGUUCAAGUUCUUUGAUUUUGGCAUAGCGAGUGGUACUGGUUGCAGUGGGGAUUUCCUGGAGCUGGAUGGACGGCGUUAUUGUGGCUGUCGCUCUGGGUUUGUGCUUAAAGUAUUUUGGCGCCAGGGACGCAAGGCGCUGCGUCUGCGUAUGGGUCAUGGGGGCAGCAGUGGCUCAACCAAUGGUUUUCUGCUGGAGAUCUUUCACGAUACGGAUACGACUAGCUAUGGUCUGUUUGGCAAUGGACCACUAAGUGAUCCCAUACCGACACUGCCAGGACUGGGUGGUUAUCAACCACAGCUGGGCGGCCUUCAACCACCGCUGGGCAGCCUUCAGCCGCAGCUAGGCAGCCUUCAGCCCCAGCUGGGCAGCCUUCAGCCGCAGCUGGGCAGCCUUCAGCCCCAGCUGGGCAGCCUCCAGCCGCAGCUGGGCAGCCUUCAGCCUCAGUUGGGCAGCCUUCAGCCUCAACUGGGCAGCCUUCAGCCUCAGCUGGGCUACCAACCUCAACUGGGCUAUCAGCCAGGAUUUGGUGGAUUCCAGACAGGAUUAGGAGGCUAUCAACCGCAGACGCCACUCUACCCGGGACGCCUGCCCAGCUUCCCUCAGUCUCCAAUCUCCCCACUUUUACCCUUCACGCCCUAUCGCCAAUCGCGGCACACGGGUCGGUCCUGGGCCCAUGCCCGCGGCCUGGACGCCCAGCAGCCAGCUCGGGUCGUGGAGACGAAUUCCACGCGCAAGGAAUUCUAUUACUUUGAUGCCGACGAGGCUUUUGCACGCGCCGCCCUCGAUGACGGUGACGAUAAUGAUGCUGAUGCUGUUAAGAGGACAACGCCAAAGCCUAUAACAAAAGCCUUCGAGCAGAGUAGCUGCACCUUUGACUACAUGGAGGUGCUGCGUCUCUCAGUGGAUACAUUGUGGUUAACCAAACCCAUUUGCUUUGCACCUCUGCGUAGCUGGUUUAGCAAUAUCUUCGGCUAGUUAUACUAUGUACUAAAUUUAAAUAAAUAAAUAAAAAUAAAUAAAUACUUGUUCUACGUGCUUU